AAAAUAACGAAGUCCAAAUAAUGUGCGCGAAUUAUGUCAGCUGAGAAGGAAAAGUUGGAGCAGGCUUUCAAUAUAUGAAGAAAAUAUGGAGAAGUGUAUUGAUGCAGAGCCGAGUACCAGCGAAGUUGAUGCACACAGUGACCAUGGUGAUCCUGACAAAUUCAACCUCCAGAGAAAGAUAUUUGUGGGAAAUAUAAGCUACAGGGUAAAGCAGCACCAGCUGAGCAAGCAUUUCAGCCAGUUUGGAGCCGUGGACUACUGCUACCUCGUUAAAGAUCACCUCAAGAAAUGGUCCCGGGGUAUUGCCUUUAUUACAUUUCAAGACAAGGAGGGCAUGAUCAAAGCACUGCAAGCAACAGAUGGGGACCUUAUGAUAGACAACAGACAGAUGCGUGUCGCUCCUGCUGAGGAAUCAAAACGAGUGUCGUACUCUGAGGGAAGUGAUUGGCAGGCAAGCUUUGCUCCUCCCACUCUGUGUCAAUCCUUACCUGUCCUGGCUGAUGACAGCAGUACAGGUGUACCAAGCUUUCUUAGUGGUGAACAGGUGGAAAUAGCAGUGCCGGAUGUAUCUUCUCUAGAAAUUAACUGCUGUGGGAGGUGUGAGAUUGAACGUCUGAAUGAUGACAGCCUCAUUCUCAUCUUCUCCUUGUUGUCUGUAAAAGAACGUGUUAGAGUUGAGCGGGUGUGUAGAAGGUGGCGCCACCUAGCUCAAAAAUCCUGGAACAGACAAAACAGGCUUCAGUUCCGACACAUGUUCCAAGGAUUUAUGAAAGGCCUAACCGAUGUCAUCCUUAACAGUUUAUUGCUACGGUGUGGUGUGUACUUGAGGGCGCUGGAUCUCUCUGCCUCCCCACAACUCAUCACUGACCUAUGUGCUGACAGUAUUGGUGCCAAUUGUCAGAACCUGACAGAGUUGAAUUUAUCUGGAGCAAGCGUCACAGAAGUGUCUCUGAGGACUAUAGCGCAGGCUUGUCCUAAACUCAAGAACUUUAUUCAGGAGAGAAGCUUUUACGUUGGUGACAAAGGGUUGACGUGGCUUUUCCAAGGCUGUCAGGAACUGGAGCAUGUAGAUAUACAGGGCAAUGCCAGGAUAGUAGGAGAUUGUUUCCAUUCUGUUCCCACCACUGUGAGAUACCUCAACCUAGAACACUGUACCAAGCUGACAGAUUUGGGAAUACGGAAGAUUUGUUUGCGAUGUAAACACUUGGCGGAAUUACAUAUCAGUCACUGUAAAUCUGUGACGGACCAGAGCCUUGUCAACAUCACACAGAUUCUUAAAAGGUUAAAGGUCCUACACAUGGAAGGCAGUUAUUCACAAAUUACAAGUUCUGGUCUGAAAAGAAUUGGACAACUGGUUUGUUUGAAAGAAUUAAGUUUCGCCCAGAAUUCUGCUGUGGAUGAUGAUGUCUUAAGUCAGUGUGCUGUAGGAUGUUCCAAUCUUACUAAUGUUAAUAUCUCUGGCUGUUACAAACAUGUGACUGACCUUGGUAUUCAGGCCUUGGCGAGGUGUUCUGAUCUGUCUCACCUGAACAUCAGUUACCUGUCACAGGUCAGCGAGGACAGUGUGGAGGGACUGGCCACUACUGGAAGGCUAACGACACUGGUGGCCCGCGUCUGUUCUGCGAUUUCUGAUGAAGCCAUGAUGACACUUGCUGACCUCUGCUAUGACCUUAACCUCGUUGACGUCAGUGGGUGCUUUGACAUCAGUAACCAUAGCGUGGAGCGGUUUAUAGCUACACAUACGGGCGAGAACUCAACACCUCUCAAUCUUGUCCUUGGCGGUACGUCUGUAGAACGAGAACACCUGGACACCACGGGUAGCAGUAUUACUAUCAACAUGUACAACCUGUCAAUGCUCCAUCUCAAGGCAGACCGCGAGAUCAUGUUACGUCCAGACAGCAGCAGUGAGGAAGAUGAUAAUGAAGAUGAAAGCGAGGCUGUAUCGCCAGAGGUGAAACACAAUCAGUCUGUAAUGGCCGCUGGGGCAGAGAUCAUGUCCGACACCGAAUGGGACGAUCAUGACCUGGACGGGCUAGAAUGUGAUGACUACCUAAUUGGGGAUGAUCCCCUAGAGGAAGAGAGGUGGUCAAUGUCCUGAAUACUGACCGCUACAUGUCCGACACGGAAUGGGACAAUAAUGAACUGGACGGGCUAGAAUGUGAUGACUUCCUCACUGGGGACGAUCCCCUAGAGGAAGAGAGGUGGUCAAUGUCCUGAAUACUGACCGCUACAUGUCCGACACAGAAUGGGACGAUAAUGACCUUGACCGGCUAGAAUGUGAUGUCUACCUUAUUGGAGACGAUCCCCUAGAGGAAGCGAUGUGGUACAUGACCAAAACACUGUCUGACUGCUACCACCCCAAAAAGGAGAGAGGUCAGUCUCUGGACGUCCCCGAGCUCAAGUCAAAGUUCGGACCAUUAGCUGACUACUGCAACCUCUCCCUCACCUCAUCAAAAGGGGAGCUGGUCAUAUAGAUAUCCCGAGAAAGAUUGAGGUGAAUGUCCAAAUAUCCAGAGAUAUAUUGGCUACAGAGAAUGCUUCUCUGAAUACUGUACAUGUACAUGUAGAUGUUUUGCCCUGGGAAGCCAUUUUUUCUGAUAUGCAUUGCAUAUAUUAACAGUGAGGUGAAAUAUUUUAUAUUUGACUAUAAAGAUAUUUUGUUAUAUUUACAUAUAUACUACAGAGAGUACAUGUCUCUGAACACCGUAUAUUUCUCCUCUGGGAAGUUAUUUUUCCGAUAUGCAUUGCAUAUAUAAACAAUAAGGUGAAAUAUUUGUUUGAUUAUGAACAUAUUUUGUUUUAUUUUAUGAAAUAAAAAGAUUUUUUUAAUGAACUUGUAAAGUAUGGGCUUUAGUUUUCCCAUGAAAUACAAGUUGUAAUAUUUAAGAAUAAAUUGUUGGACUCAUAAGUAUGUUUGUUUGGAGCAAUAUUUAAAAAUCAAGUCGGCCAUCUAAAUAGGAUUGUUAAAUUAGAUGAAAUGAAAAUAACAAAGAUUUUUAUAUAAUUAAACUUUAUUAUUUUUAAUGACUUGGCUGACUAAUAAAACAAUGAGUAAUUAAAUACUAAUGAUCUAGUUUAACCCUUUCACCCCUAUGUAACUUUAGUAGACUCUACCAUGCAUUGAUCUGGGUAAGUCCAUUAUGAUCUACAGUGAUGAAAGGGAUAAAAUCUUGAUAAUAAUUGUGGGACAUACAUCACCACAAACAUAUGCUUAUCAUAUUUUGCCUCAAAUUGCCAGGUGAUAGUGCUGAGAUUAGGAAGUGAUAUAAUUACAUUUAAUUACCUGGAACCAUGCGAUAAAAAUUCUACAAGGUAUUUUAGAACAUACCAAUCAACAAUUCUCAGCGCAUGAUUCAUUAGGUGAAAAGAGAUCAGUUAAGUUUGAAAUAAAAAUAUCAUAUUGAAAAAUAAUCUAUCAGUUUGUAA